AUGCCCGGCUUAACUUCAGCGUCAGGAGUACUCGGGUUUUUAUCCGACGAACAACCCGAGCUCAAGAUAUUUGCCUUACAGACCCUUAAUGAUGAUAUUGAUGCUGUAUGGACAGAAGUUGCUGGAUACAUAGGUCAGAUCGAGGCCCUUUACGAAGAUAGAGAAUUCCCUGAACGGCAACUAGCUGCACUAGUACUUUCUAAAGUUUUCUAUCACCUGCAAGAAUAUGAUGAUAGUAUGACAUUUGCUCUUGGUGCUGGCGACCUCUUUGUACUAGAUAAUGAAGGUGAAUUUGAGGAAACAAUAAUUUCUAAAUGUGUAGACACAUAUAUCAGCAUUUCAGCCGUACAGCAUGCCAUAAAGAACCCUACAUCUCUUACUUUUUCUAGAGAUAAAUCUCAUGCAGCUCUCGCGACCUCUUUUGCAACGAUGGCAAACGAAGCGAAUAUUGCAGCCUCACUCACAUCUCCGACUACCCCAUUUUCUCACUCAACUAUCCCCUCCAAGUCGCUCCUAUCCAGAGGCUCUGUGCAAAAAAACGUGCAAUCAGUAGUUUCGGAUGGCAAGGAUAAACCAAGCCAGACUCUCAAUAUUGAAACAAAGUCUGCUCUCCUGGGGAUUAUCGAGCGAAUAUUUGAGAGAUGUUUGUCAGAAGGGAGGUAUAAGCAAGUAGUCGGAAUCGCCAUAGAGGCAUACAACCUUAAGGUAAUACGACAGGUAAUUAGACGCGCAAGUGAAGAUGAUAAGAAAUUGAAGGAAAAUUUUGUUGAAGGCAGCCAAUACUCUACAGAGGGACUAAUGGAAUACAUACUCGAAAUAUGCAUGGACGUUGUCCAGGAAAGAGCUUUUCGGACAGAGAUUCUUCGGUUAAUCUUGGAUAUGCUGAAUGAAAUACCUGCUCCCGAUCACUUUUCGAUCGCAAAAUGUGCCGUAUUCCUAAAUCAGGAUGAAGAGGCGUCGAGACUGUUAAGAGACUUAGUGACGCAGGGACACCAAAAUGUAGCUUCAACUGCUACUGCAUACCAGAUAGCUUUUGAUCUAUACGAUAAUGGUACUCAGGAAUUCUUGGCAAAAGUAAUUCGUGAUAUACCAGCAGAGGUUAAAGAACCUGGGGUAGAAGAAACCGAGCCUAACGAGACUGAUCCUCUAACGAAUGGUAUGCCUUCUCAAGCCACAAAAAUUAAGCCACUUGAGAAUUACACGGAAACUCAGUAUUAUACGUUUGAUCGAAUACGAAAAAUACUUGACGGCAGUGAAACAAUCAAGUUAAACUUGGAGUUUCUUUACCGUAAUAAUCGUACUGAUAUAAGUAUAUUAAAUAAAGUACGUGACAGUUUGGAAGGUCGCAACUCAAUAUUUCACACUGCUGUCACAUUCUGCAAUGCCUUCAUGAAUCAGGGGACCACAAAUGACAAAUUCUUCCGUGAUAAUUUAGAAUGGUUAGGAAAAGCUGUCAAUUGGUCUAAAUUUUCUGCUACCGCUGCAUUAGGGGUAAUACAUCGAGGAAAUAUUUCGCAAUGUAAAAAGCUACUUGAGCCGUAUCUUCCACGAUCUACAGCCCUUGGUGGAUCUAUAUUUAGCCAAGGCGGUGCGCUCUACGCUUAUGGGCUGAUUCAUGCUAAUCACGGCUCUGAUGCAUUGGAAUACUUACAAGAUCAAUUCUCCAAAGCUCAGGAAGAAAUAAUACAGCACGGUGGCGCUCUAGGACUUGGAAUUGCUGGAAUGGCCACUGGAUCUGAAGAUAUAUAUAUCAACCUCAGACAUGUUCUGUACACAGAUUCAGCACUAAAUGGUGAGGCUAUAGGCCUAGCAAUGGGACUUAUCAUGCUUGGCACUGGGAACAUGAAAGCCUUAGAAGAUAUGAUCACCUACGCUCACGACACUCAGCAUGAAAAAAUCGUGCGUGGCCUCGCUGUGGGGAUGGCUUUGAUAAUGUACGGACGCCAAGAAGGUGCAGAUGAAUUGAUUGAAGGUCUACUCAAUGAGCCUGAUCCCACCUUGCGGUACGGAGGAAUCAUGACUGUAGCUAUGGCGUAUUGUGGCACUGGCAACAACAAGGCUGUCCGUAAGCUACUUCACAUUGCAGUAAGCGAUGUGAAUGAUGAUGUCCGUAGAAUCGCAGUCAUGAGUUUGGGAUUCAUUUUAUUCCGUAAGCCUGGAGGUGUUCCACGCAUGGUUGAGCUAUUGUCAGAAUCAUACAACCCACAUGUUCGAUAUGGUGCAGCCAUGGCACUUGGGAUUUCCUGUGCUGGUACUGGCCUUGACGAAGCCAUUGAUCUUUUGGAACCAAUGAUAAAGGAUCCUACAGACUUUGUUCGACAAGGUGCCCUUAUUUCUCUUGCCAUGAUUAUGGUUCAACAAAAUGAGGUUAUGAAUCCGAAAGUCGCCUCUAUCCGUAAAACCCUCAAAAAGAUUGUCGGAGAUCGGCAUGAAGACGCCAUGACCAAGUUUGGUUGUGCGUUAGCACUGGGUAUCAUUGAUGCUGGCGGAAGAAAUUGUACUAUUGGGCUCCAAACUCAGACGGGGAACCUGAAUAUGGCAGGUAUUGUUGGAAUGGCUGUCUUUACACAGUACUGGUAUUGGUUUCCGUUCACCCACUUCCUCUCCUUAUCCUUCAUACCUACGUCCAUGGUUUGUCUAGAUCAUGAGCUUGACAUUCCAGACUUCAAAUUUUAUAGUGCAACUCGGCCAAGCUUAUUUGAUUAUACACCAGAGCAAGAAAUCAAAACAGAUGAAGCUCCAACAAUGAUAGCAACAGCUGUACUGUCUACCACGGCACAAGCCAAGCGGAGAGCUCAGAAAAAAGAGCGUGCACAAAGACGGGAAAGUAUGGAUAUAGAUCAGGUCCCCCUUACACCAAAGUCAACAGUCCCUGCGGCAAUGGAUGAUAGAAUGGAUGUUGAUGAAGUAACAAAAGACAAAAAAUCCAAGAUCUACAAGAAAGAUGAUGGUGAGAAGGAAGUUUCGCCUGCUGAGAUUGCCAAGAAAAAGUUUGAGCGUGAAAAAAUUGGAUAUGAGAUAGACAAUAUGUCUCGCGUACUCCCAGCUCAAGUCAAAUUCAUUAGUUUUCCAACAGGCCGCUACCGUCCCGUUAAGAAACCAACUGGUGGUGUAAUCCUCAUGAUCGACACGCAGCCAGAUACCGAAAAGAUUUUGCUCGAGGAAAAACUUAAAAAACCAAAUAUUGAUAAAACGACUGGCUCUUACAUGCCAGAAGAUAUCCGCGAUGAACCCUUAUCGCUUCGUCGCAACGUUGACCGUCAAAUGUCAGGGGUAGCUCGAAAUACAGAGUAUGCUAUUCAGCCAUAUUCUGACGGACGGCAAGGCAUACAAGGCUCUGAUGAAUCUUAUGCCGCUGGGUCUGGACCUGCGACUGAGUCAGGCACCCAUUAUUUUGUUGAUGAAGAUGAUGAGAGUGCUGAAGAGGCAGUAUGUCCGAAAGAAUUCGAGUACUUUACAGAUGAUGAAGAUUUGUAA